AUGGUUCACAUACCCGCUGUAUAUGGAAAAUAUGGAAAAUGGAAGAGGAAAGAACUGCUCUGGAACUUUGAGCUGGAUAAUCAGAAAGGAGGGCGAAUGUUCUUCUUAAGAGAUGGUUGCACAUAUGGUGAGCUUCUUGAAAUGGCACAAGAGGAUUAUAUGCUCGAAACAGAGUUUGUGGAGAUAUCCUAUGGAUUACCACAACAAAUGCUUCAACAAGUGUCUCCUGAUUCGCCUCCUAUAUACGUCACAAAUGAUAGACACGUUCUUAGCUUGAUUGAGUUGGGUAGGAUAGAUGGUGUACGUCUCUGUAUUUCAAGCCGGAAAGAAGAAAAUGAGCAUGCAAAUGUUGGUGGGCAUGCUGAUCAAUGUUAUGAUGAUGCGAGUGAUGAUUCUGAAAAAGAUUGGGUUGAGAGCUUGAGUGACGAUGAGUCAAGGAAGGAUGAUAGCCUGAGUGACGAUGAUGAAAACGAGAAAAACGGGAAAUCCAAAUAUGAGGUUGAUGAUCGAGAUGUGGAUUAUAGUGAAUACGGCAAAGUGAAAAAUGAGGAUGAGGAUGACAAUGAGCAUGAAUCUGAUAUGUCCGUUGUCGUUGAGAGCUUAAAAUCGCGUUUUGGUGGAAACAUAGCACCAUCGACCACUCCUUGGUCAGAUAAUAUAUUUGUCACUCAGAGUUUCCCUAGCAUGCAGAAGCUUGUAACAGAGUUGCGCUUGACAGCGGUAAUGUUGAGGUUCUCAUUUAAAGUGUACAAUUCUACGAAGACGUUGUUUGUUGCAUUAUGUUCUGUCAACGGAUGCAAGUGGAAGCUUAGAGCGGCUGUGAAGAAUGAAGCUUCUACUUUCUGGGUGACAAAAUAUGAAAAGCUACAUACAUGCUCCGUGUCUGAUCGAUCCCUGUGCUCCAAGCGUUGUACGCCCAAGUACGUUGGAGCUUUGUUCAUUGAACGAGUUGGCAUAAUUGAUGGAAUUGAGCCAAAGCAUAUCAGAGAUUCUAUGAAGGUUAUGUGUGGUCUAAACCUUGAUUACACUUCCUCUUACAGAGCUUUGAUACAUGCUCAACAGUUGGUGAGAGGAACAGCAGAAACUGGAUAUGAGGAGCUGCCUUCUUAUUUGCGCCAACUAAAGAGAGGCAAUCCAGGAAGUGUAGUACAUCUUGAAACCGAUGACUUGGAUCGGUUUCAAUAUCUGUUUAUCUCUUUGAAAGCUUCGAUAACUGGUUUUCAGUAUCUCAGAAGAGUCAUUGUUGUGGAUGGGACUCAUUUAAAUGGUAGGUAUGGAGGUGUUCUGUUAGUGGCAGCCGGUCAAGAUGCAAACUUUCAGAUAUUUCCCUUGGCUUAUGCAGUGGUUGAUGCGGAGAAUGAUGACUCUUGGAAUUGGUUUUUCUCCAAACUAAAGACUUGCUUUACAGAUGAGUAUCCGAUGGCAAUAAUUUCCGAUAGGCAUGAGUCUAUCAAAAACGCAUGCGAGAGCGUUAUACCAUGGGCUACACGAGGCAUAUGCUAUUAUCAUUUACAACAGAACAUUCUGACCAAACUUCAGGGGAAGCCGUUUAUGCACUUGGUAAAAGGGGCUGCAUACGCUCAUACGGUUGAAGAUUAUGAUCGCUACAUGAAUAUACUUCGAGAAAUUAAUCCCGCUCUUGCGAUUUAUUUAGAGGGUGCGGACCCGAAGUUAUGGUCCCGGGUUCACUUCCCUGGUGAUAGGUACAAUAUAAAGACAAGUAACAUUGCCGAAUCGAUCAACGCAGCGGUUAAGAAAGCAAAAGGCUUUCCCAUUCCAUUUCUUCUUGAGUUUAUUAGAGAAAAGUUUGGGAGUUGGUUUAGCAAGAGGCGUGAAGAUGCACUCAGUCUCACAACCAAAUAUAGCCGUGGAGUUGAGUAUCUGUUGGCAAUCCGCGAACAUUAUGCGGGAACGAUGACCGUUGAACGCAUUGACGGAUGGAAGUUUUUCGCUAAGGGUGGUCCACGAGAUGCGAUUGUUGAUUUGGAACAGCUGAAGUGUUCUUGUGGUGUUUUUCAAAUUGAGAAAAUUCCGUGCUCACAUGUCAUUGCAGCUUGUGUAGCAGCUCGAGUUGACUGGUCAAUCUACGUUUCUCCCUUAUACACGAAAGAGUCGUUAUAUGCAACAUGGUCCCAAAACGUUUACCCUCGAUUGUCAGAUGAUGAGUUUGAGGUAAAAAAGGAACCGUGUGGUAUACCAAACGUGAAGGUUGCCCCUGGACGAAAGAAAAAAUCGAGGUGGCAAACCUGGCUGGAGAUGGCGAUGGCAAGGAAGAAAGGAACCAAACCAAGGAAGCUGCACAAAAAAUACAGAUGCUCAAAGUGUAAGCAAGAAGGACAUACUCGCCCCCACUGUGGUGUGAAGGACGGUGAGUAG